AUGCCACGUAAGCUACGUAAGAAUAUACGUAAGAGGAAGAGAGCAUUGAAACAUCCAAUAGUAAGACUAACACCACAACAACAGUUGCAACAACAAAUGCUGAAUGACCCCACUAUGUUGCAACAAAUGUCAAGCAAUCCUAUGCUUUUAAACCGAGUCAUUGGUGCACAGAGUGGAGGUUUAAGAGCGGCACUUUUAGCGAAAAUGGCAGGCUAUGGUGGAGCUGCAGACGGAACAGCAUAUAACCCUCAAAGUCAAAUGAAUUUGAGUUCACUCAAAAAUCAAAUAUCAGAUGUCAAAAAGUCAAACAUAGACAUACAGAAGCAAAUAAGUGAAAACGAAAAGAAACUAGAAUAUGACAGACACACAAAGAAACUCAAUGAGUUAAACGUAGAGAAAAAGAAGAAAGAAGAACAACUGAAAGAACUAAGUACAGAGGAAUAUGCGAAAAAAGUGUCAGAAAAAGCAGCAGAAGUAGCAAAAAUGGAACAAGAUGUCAUAAAUUUGAAAAACCAUACUACUCAAUAUAAAGUACUGAAAGAUGAAGAGAUAAAACAAAAAGCCCUGAAGACAUAUAUGGAUAGCGAUGAGUAUAAAAAAGAAGUUGAAGCAAAUGUAAAGGCAGAAAAACUUUUACAGUUGCAAAACCAAACCGUACAGUAUGAAAACUUAGCACAAGAAAGUAAAAAUAACGACGCAGCCAUGCAAAAGGCAAUGAAAAGCGCAGAAUAUAUAAAAGCUAACAAUGACUGGUUAGAUGCCCAAGCCAACGCUAAAGCAGCCCAGCUUAUAGGGUCAAUAAGGACAAAAAUACAAGCGGAUGA